CCAUUCGCCUAUCGAUCAGUGAAUGAGGUCAUGAAAGCGCCAUGCAUUAGAACUCGGCUUAUUACGCACUCGUGUAAAUAACACAAACGAAAGAAGGAAGAGUUGAAAUAAUACAUAUGAAAGAGAGACAGAGAAGACGAAAGAUAAUGAAAGGAAACGAUGAGUUGUUUUGUAUAAUUUCUUAGAGGACAAUGGUCCGAAGAUUGAUGAAACAAGAUAAGAUGUAAUGUUAUAUGGAUUUGUUUUGGUGAAGACGCGAGGAAGGAAUCGCCGAAAAAGGACUUCAAUAAUCUCGAAUUCCACUCAGAAUUGAUGAAGACUGGAGUGUUGUGAAUCACUUGAGAGGAAUAUUUUACUUGAUUACUCACUUUGGUCUUUUGUGAUCUAUGAUUAUGUGGUUCAGGGUCGGCAGUCACAAUGCUCGAGGAAAGACCUAACAUCCGCAGGCGGGUAGGCUCGGCCCGGGCAGGUUCAGCCAGAGUGAGCUCAGCUCGGCCUGCAGGAGGAAGGGUGAGUUCGGCAAGGCCUUCUUCGGACACUCUCCGCCCCAAGUUGCACACGGGGAGGCCGUCUUCAGCUCCCGUGCCCAGUCGCCCCUCGUCAGCGCCCGUGCCUGGGAGGACUGAGUCCUUUGGGGUGAACAAGACGUCGUUAGCACCUGGGAAAUUCAAGUCUCAUGACGUUUCGCAUCUGAAUCUAAAAAUUGAGGGUAAAUCGAUAAGGUCUGUCGCAUAUACACCGAGACGUCAUCAGCCAGUAAGCCGCGGUUCUCUGAGGGUUAUAUCAAGUCAUGGCUAUGCCACACCGAGUAGAAGGAAGCAAUUUCUUUCAGGUUAUAAGAGUGGCUGCUACGAAAAGCAGGACGUGGGCAGUGAUUCGGAAGGGUCCAGUGUAAUUGGCUUUGGGAGUACAUACACUCUGCCACUGACAGUCAACCACCCAAUUGUGUAUGGAACUGGUCUGUCGUUUCAGCAGCCAUAUUCCCUGAAGUCCAAUUCAGACUUCGGCUUGACUUUUACCAAGAGUGACAGCGAUCAGUCUCAAGAACAUGAUCAGUUUGGGGACACGUAUACUCUGAAGUCAGCAUCUGAUCAUCCCAAUGUGAAUGAACUUGAAUUUGCCAAUAAAGCUUUCAGAUGCUCUCCUGAAGGAAGAGAUGACAGGUCUGAAAUAGAUUCAUAUGGCAAUGCCAGAGGAAUUCUGAGAGAAAAUACCUAUAAUCUGAGACCCCAUUUAGUAAGCACACAUAGUGACCUGGAAAUUGAUAACAAUAGUUCCUAUCACACUUCGCACAAUGGCAGUAACCACUUUAGGAGAGACUUUGAUACGACUUCAAAUGAUGGCUCAGAAUGUACUGUUAUGAGCUUGGGUCGAAGGAUACAGCUUAUGGCAAGUACUGAGCCCAAAAAACAGCGAGAAAGUGAGACCAAAGACGAGAGCUGGGACACGGAAUGGAAAGAGCUCCUGAAACAGAAUCACGAAUUGUUGUUAAAACUCUCGAGUAGGGAUGAACCCCACACACUAGAGAACUCAGGGAGGUGUGACCAUACGAAAACAGUGUUAGUCCACCAUAGUGGUGUCCAGACCCAGUUCCUGGCAAACAGUUCAGGAGUUAGUGAACCUUUGGAAAUACCUCUGAGAAACAUGUCGGGGGAAGAGAGAUUCCAAGAUCACGUAGAAAAACAACAUGCAGAAGAGCUUGUAGGUGAUGAGGACUUUGAUGGCCAGGAACUGGCUGAGAACUGUGAAAGUCCAGAGUGUGUGUUAGAAGAUAUAAUUGAAGAAUCAAGUUUGAGUGACAAGUCAACUCCAAGGACUAUCGUAGACCAACCUCAGGAUGACACAGAAAGCACAACUAUUCAAUCCAAUACGAAAAUGGAUAGUCCUUCCAGUGGUGAUGCCAGUCCAGAGAGUCCAGAAGACUGUCAUUCCCACAAUAAAACCAAACAGCAAGAAAAGGAGGAAGACAUAUCCAGAACAGUUGAAUCUGGCCAAGGGAAGGGGGUCAUGCCACUCUCGAAUACAUAUGAUUUUUCAUGUACUACAGACCUCCCAACCUACCGCCCAGGAUCUGCUGCUGCAUACAUAGUGCGUAGCCGCUGGACUUCAGAGAAGCGUGUUAAGUCACAGGGGUCAAAAGAUCUGCUUGAGGCUCUACAGAUGAUAGAAGAUGAAGAAAAGAAGACCUCAGAAUCAUACGAGAAAGAACAGGGCAAAGUGGCGAGUGUAGCUGAAGCUCCAGUUAUCUAUGUUCAAGAUGCAGGAGUUAAUACCAGGCAGAUAUACAAUGCCAAAUCUUAUGAAUUUCCACCAACUGAGAGCUUGAGCAGUUCCCCAACAAGAUCCUUCACUAAAGAAAGUGAGAUGAAACCGUUAAGUACCCCGCCACCUAUACGAGAAUGUCCUGCUACCUUACCUGUGCUACAGGUAUUAGUAGAAAAGGUUUUCCUCUUUACUCAAGAUUUAGCUGAACGCUGGCAGAAUGGGAAUACUGAGGGGUCUCAAGAAGAACUCCUCUAUCAGAUAGUUGAGGCAGAGAAAUUACUAGAAAACAUCUGCAUCCAAGAGAAGCGCAAGGAAGACCCAAAGAAGAGUCCUGAAUUGCAUGCCAAGUGCGAGGAGAAGUUGAGAAACAAGCAAGAGGAAAUGGAGGCCAGAAUCCAGAAAAAUCUAGAACUUAUACGAAAGUUACUAGACGAUAAGAAGACGCUGACUGAACAAUGCGAAAUGCUUGUGAAAGAGCAAAGAAUUUCGGAGAAGAAGAAUGCAGACAAGAUCAAGCUUAUGGAAGAUCGUCACAUGCAAGAAAUGAAGUCCUUACGAGAGAGGAUCACAACAGCAGAACAAGAAAAAAGAGAAAAGUGGACCCAGCAGAAAGCAAAAGCUAUUAAAGAAACCACCUACCGGGGACUGGAAACAAAGAUGAAAGACCUCACCGCAAAACACCGUGAUGAGAUGAGCGAGCUUAAAGCACAGCAUUGGGAGGCUCUGAGGGAGGCAGAGGAGAAGAUGAUAACACAACUCCGAUCCCAGGAGGAGGAGCUCAAGAAGAAGUACGAGCAGGAGAAGGAGGAAGCUUGCAGGAAGGAGAGAGAGAGGGAGCAGCAGAGACUGGAUUUAGAGAUUCGACAAAGCGAACAACUGUCCCUGACUCGACUGGAGACAGUCCGCAAGCAGCAAGAAAGGGAUAUCAAAUCCCUGAUCGAAGAGCAUCAUCGAACCCUAGACAGGGAACGUUCAGAGCGAGAAGCAGCCCUGAAAGAGGCCAAUAAGGAGAAGCAAAGAGUUAUAGAGGAGAACGAAGAAAAGAUUAGGAAUAUGAAUCGCAGACAUGAGGAAGACCUGGCCAACCUCAGACAACGAGACGAGAAAAGCCGAUCUGAAUGGCGAGAGCAGUUCAUGAAGGAGCAGAGUGAGGCCAAGAGUCAGUCAGAUAGGGAGCUGCGGGAGAGGUUGAAGCGGCAACGCGACAAGGAGAUUGAGCGUGCGAUCAAGGAGAUUCAGCAGGAGACGAGCAAUCGGGAGAAUGAAGAACACCGAGCGUAUGAAGCAAAGAUGAAGAACUUACGAGAGAGAUACGAGAAUGAGUUGAAUGAACUGGAGAGCAGUGAGCGUGCUGCCAGAACCAGAUAUCUAGAAAUGAAAUCUGUUUUAGCACAAAAAGAGGAAGAGAUUGUGUACCUACGUGCUCGGCUCCACACACAGGACUUGGAACUGUGUGAACUUCAGCAUAUGUUCCGGCCUCCAGAUGACUAGGAGAGAGUGCUUAGUCGGUCCUGGAUAGGUUUUGAUAUGCAGAAUAGGGGUCAUCAUAUUUACAGUGUCAAGGAUCCUUCUUGACCCCAAAUGACCCCUGCUGACCUGUGCUAUGAGGCCUCUUGACCUGUUACUUGUUCCGUAACCUUCCCUACUUUUAAAAUUGUAUAGUUUUUAUCAGUCAGAUGUUUGUUCAAUGGGAAAUAGUGCAAGACCAUAAGAAAUGAAUAAUGAGCAUGUACGAAGAUUUUUGGAAAAGAUGAGCAGAGCCAUGAAAUUUGUUGUAGUUUAAAGGAUAUCAUAAAGCAUGUAGCAUGCAAGAUACAUAAGUAUGUUGGCUGCACUAAACUUUACACUCAAUGCUGAUUUUUUUUCUUUUUUUUUUCAAAUAUUUAAGUGGCUAGUUCAACAAAACAGCCAUUAUUGUGCAGUUCUGUCCUUUUUUUUUAUUUCUGUUUUUUCUUUCUUUUAUUGUUAUUUUGUUGAUGUUGAAUAUAUCAAAUUUUAAAAAUUAUGCAUAGGGUAUGUUGAGGAGAUUGUAAGGAAUGUAGGAAUGUACUUCCAUAUCACUUUCCUAAUUCAAUUAAUUAAUUCCAAAUUUUCUUAUCAUUAAAGAUAAGAUUUGUACAAAAUAUGUAUUAUGACCAAAGAUAGUGUAAGUAAUUUUAGUCAUGUAAGAUAUACAAAUAUUCCGUGUCCUUGAAAAUGUAGUGAUUCUCGUUUUGCACAAGGACGUCCAGUUAAUGUUGUGUUAUGAGUAAAAUUAAAUUAUUUUGGGGAAGGGAAAAUCUAAUCUCAAAAAAAUGUCGGGGAAAUUCGCAUUGUCUCUCCGCAAGGAUAAUCUGCAAUGAUAUAAACCAGAAUGAAAAGCCAAUGUUAAAUAAGCUUAUUUACAAUGAAAGAUAUCUGUUAUAUUACUUGAUAUGGGUUACAAGAGAAUAAGUUUGAAAUGAUGGUUCAGAGGUCAUAUUAAUAAAUGCUAGUGAGUUUCUUGUGUACUUAAAAGAUCUUGACAAUCUUGCAGUUUCAUUGUAAAGUAGAGUUUACUGUAUAUAUCCUACUUCAUCAUUAAUUAAACAUUUUAGUCUAAAGCAUCUGUAAAUAUACAUUAUUUAUACUUGUCCUUAAUUUAUUAUCUUCAUGAGUUUUAUUAGUCAUAAAGGAACAAAAAAUAAAGCAAGUACAUUAGUUUUUAUU